AGUUCUCUAGGACCCGCACUACCGUCUCUGGCGCCGUGGUCGUGGGGGGUUCUGGCAGUUGUAGUGCGCGACAGGAGCCUUCCUCCCACGCGCUCCGAAGCCGCGGUGGAUCCUGGGGAAUGCUGAUGUUUGGAACCUGCGGCCUGGUCCAGGGGUUCGGUCCCUGAGGCUCCGGAAGGCGCAGUUUAAGGGCCGGGACGCAAACGCGAAAGUCUGGGAUUCUUGGGCUGGAGUCCUUAGGGACUUCCGGCCCCGUGGAACCUCAGGACCCAGCUUGGCUCCUCCCCUCCAGGCGCUGGUACUUCGGUGGGUGUCAGAGGGCUGGCAGGAGGCUGUUCCGGUGUGGGCGGGGUUUCUGACCUGGCAGGUGUCUUUUAGCAGGGGUCAGUGACGUUCAGAGACGUGGCCAUAGACUUCUCCCAGGAGGAGUGGGAAUGGCUUCAGCCUGCUCAACGAGACUUGUACAGACGGGUAAUGCUGGAGAACUAUGGUCACCUGGUCUCACUGGCAGGUCUUCACAUGUCUAAGCCACAUGUGGUUUCCUUAUUGGAGCAAGGGAAAGAGCCCUGGCUGGGGAAAGAUGUGAGAACAGACUUCUUUUCAGGGUUGAAUGGUGUGAUCACAGAGUUCUCUCCAAACAGUGUUAUGUAUGAAGAUGACCCAUCCCAGUAUCUGAUAAAGGAGAGGAUUCUGAGCUACAGCCCUGAACAGUCCCGUUUUAAAGGAAGCUGGAAAUGUGAGGAUGGUACUGAGACACUACAAAGAAAUCAGAGAUGUAUCAGGCAAGUGACAGCCUCUCAUCAAGAAGCCCUGUCUCGACACAGUGUCAGUGCCAUGGAGAGGCCAUAUGGGUGCCACGAAUGCGGAAAAACUUUCAGUCGGCGCUUUUCCCUGGUGUUACAUCAGAGAACUCACACUGGAGAGAAACCAUAUGUAUGUAAGGAAUGUGGCAAAACCUUUAGUCAGAUCUCAAACCUUGUAAAACACCAGAUGAUACACACUGGGAAGAAACCCCACGAGUGUAAAGACUGUCGUAAAACGUUCAGUUACCUUUCAUUCCUCAUUGAACACCAGAGAACACACACUGGGGAGAAACCCUACGAAUGUACUGAAUGUGGGAAGGCUUUUAGUCGCGCCUCCAACCUCACCCGGCAUCAGAGAAUUCACGUAGGGAAGAAACAGUAUACGUGCAGGAAGUGUGGGAAAGCCUUCAGCAGUGGCUCAGAACUCAUCCGGCAUCAGAUCACACACACCGGAGAGAAACCCUACGAAUGCGUUGAAUGUGGGAAGGCCUUCCGCCGCUCUUCACACCUCACUCGACAUCAGAGCAUUCACACCACCAAAACCCCCUACGAAUGUAACGACUGUAGGAAAGCCUUCCGUUGCCACUCCUUUCUUAUUAAGCAUCAGAGAAUUCAUGCUGGAGAAAAGCUCUACGAAUGCCACGAGUGUGGUAAAGUUUUCACAUGGCACGCAUCCCUGAUACAGCACAGGAAAAUCCAUACUGGAGAAAAACCAUAUGCAUGUACCGAAUGUGAGAAAACCUUUAGUCGGAGCUUUUCCCUCAUUCUACAUCAGAUAACUCAUACCGGGGAGAAACCCUAUGUAUGUAAGACAUGCAAUAAAUCCUUCAGCUGGAGUUCAAACCUUGCUAAACAUCAGAGAACACACACUCUAGAGAACCCCUAUGAAUAUGAAAAUGCAUUUCAUUACCAUUCAUUCCUUACUGAACACCAGGGAAUUCACACUGUCGAGAAAACCUAAAAAUGUACGGAUUUAAAAACACAGCAGCUAAUGCCUUACUUUGACUUGAGAGCCUUAAGUGAUGUGUUGAAAUUGAAGACAUUGUCCCAUACCUGGAGGAAGACCCCAGAAAUAUAUGGGAAAGCUAUUAAAGCUGCUUUUUUUGUAAUAUCAGAAAAUGCAGUCAGUAUUAAGAGGACUCCUCAUCUGGUAGGAUUCCCUUACUCUACAUUUACUGAUUCCUACCAGGAAAGGGAUGCAAGUCCAGUGCACGUGAGAAAGCUGUCCCUCGGAGAUUAGCUCCAGCACGGAUGAACACAUGGGUAAGGACAAAUGCGUGACUCCUCCCAGGACAUCAGAAAAUGUAUACUGAAGUCAAGUCAUACAUACAAACACCGUGAUUUGAGAAUGCCUUCAUGUUCCAUGCACUGUUUGUAAAAUUUUAAAAGUCUUUUAAAGGAGAAAAAGCAGCCCUUUACAUGAACUGAAUAUAGAUUGACUUUUUGCAAUAUCUUAAAUCUGUAGAAUUAUAAUGGGGAAAACAUACCAUUAUAAUGGGUAUGGGAAAAUCUUAGCAUUCUGAGAAGUCAUACUGGAGGGAAUUAGUGUGGGGAUUUUCUUUUUUUACAGAAGGAAUGUUUUGGUCUUUUUCUAAAAAAGCAUAUUCAGAAAAGAGCUAUACAUGCUCUUUGAUUUAUAGUUAAGCUGGUACGUGCUGAGAUUUUCCUCCCACAGCAUGAGAGAUUCUGAAAAUGCAGCUAUCACAAUGUCGACGUGAAUAAGGUAGUGUGCUUUGAUGGAAACAUUCUACAAACAUAACUGUAGAAACGUUGGUGUCUCACGGUUUUAACUAAGACAGUGUUUGGAUUUAAGGUUAUGCUAACGCACAUUUAUCCUUGAAUCUGACUAGACAUCUCUUAGUCAGAAAUCAAUGUUAAUAAGGUAUAUCACAGGGAAACCAAGAGUAGUUUUUUCUUUUGUUGCACUUACAGUAAGAACAUUUAUUUUGUAAAACCAUCCUUGUCUAAAUAAAUUCUGU